UAACAGACGAGUGCCACAUCAUAAAACUACAACUCCCAGGACGCAUUGUUUCCGCGUGUCGAUUUUUACGUAAUGGACAGCUCCCCGGAUGCGGCUGUGAUUGACUAUACCAGGCAAAAAGAGAUCGGAAGACAAGUGGCGGUGCUGCAGCCCCAGUGGUCGUAGGCAGGAUGCAGACCAUUAAGUGUGUGGUUGUGGGUGACGGGGCAGUAGGUAAAACCUGCCUACUCAUCUCUUACACCACCAAUGCCUUCCCUGAAGAGUACAUUCCCACAGUGUUUGACAACUACAGUGCUCAAAUGAGUGUCGAUGGCCGCACUGUCAGCCUCAACUUGUGGGACACAGCCGGCCAGGAGGAGUACGACCGCCUGCGCACCCUCUCCUAUCCCCAGACCAACGUUUUCAUCAUCUGCUUUUCCAUCGGCAGCCCCUCCUCCCACGCCAAUGUCAGGCACAAGUGGCACCCUGAGGUGUCCCACCACUGCCCAAAUGUGCCCAUCCUGCUGGUGGGCACCAAGAGGGACCUGAGGGGUGAUGCAGAAACAGUGAAGAAGUUGAAGGAGCAGGGCCUGGCCCCUACCACCCAGCAGCAGGGCAACGCCCUGGCCAAGCAGAUUGGGGCUGUCAAAUACAUGGAGUGUUCAGCUCUGCUGCAGGAUGGUGUCAGGGAGGUGUUUGCGGAAGCUGUGAGGGCGGUGUUGUAUCCAGUAACGAAAAAGAACCCCAAGAAAUGCGUGCUGUUGUAAUGGAUUGUUCCCAGAUUUGGACUGUGGAGAGGGAUGAUGGAGAUCCACAGAUGCAGAGGAAGGCUGAGGAAUGAAGGUCGUCAUCUGGCUGCCUCCACACCACCUCCAGCAAGUUAGACUUUGUUUCCAGCUCCUCCGUUACUCCUCUCUUCCUUAUUCAUCUCCUGGAGGAUUUCACUCCGUUGCCAUCAUCACCAAAGUGACUAUGCCAAAAUUGAGGCAACUGACCGCAUCUCCUCUAUUUUUCUUACAUUUUAACUUUUGAUAUUUACACUUUUUUCCAAUUUUACACCUGUUCUAGAUUUAUAGCUUCUCUGCUUUGCCUUAUAAAAAUGCUGAUCAUGGUUGUCACAAGCCAUAAUAACAUCCAAACCAACCAACCAACCAAGCUACCCUGUUUGACUGGAGAGAAGAGAUCUGCCUUUUUUUCAGGUGGAGAAAUAUUGACUACCUCAUACUCUCACCUAGGUUGCAUCUCACGAGUCUCGAGCAGUGUUGUCAUCAAGAUGCUUUGACUUUUCUAUUUAGAUGUAAUGAACAGCCAAGUAGAGGGUGAACAAGUUUUUAAUUUCAAGCAGCUUGAGUCCAGACGAGGUGUGAUGACUCCCGGACAAAUGCCAGUACCCCAUAACCAAUAUGCACAGAUUAAAGGUUCAACUCUCGAGCUGCAGUUCCCCUUGUGCUCACUCUGGCGUGUUAGAGCUGUCUGGCGGGCUGCCCCUUCCAGCCUCUUGCACUGCUCUCUCACUGCCACGCAUGGAAGAGCCAGUAGGCCUUUGAAGAUAAGCAGGGCCCAUUAAAAGCAGCCGGCCAUUUGCCCUCUUCGGUAAUAGAGGAGCAGGUGUCAUAAGGCCACUGCCAAAUUAACCCACACGGGUUCAGGGUCCCUCAAGCUGACAUAUCAGGAAGUCGUGUUGGGGGACAGCUCUCCUGUCAACGUCUUAACUCUUGAGGCUCACACAGAGUGCCAUUAAAACAUGCCUAAGAAUUACUUUUUGACGGGGUGGUGUCAAAGAGUCUGUAUUUUGUCUAAUAAUGUUGAAUUUACUCUGUAAAUGAUUUUUUUUCUUCCUCAAAUGUUUUUUAACCUACGAGUGCGGUUAUGGCCAAAGUUGAAUAUAUUUUUUGUAAUAGCUUAUGUUUAGUGUGUAAUAGUUAAUACUCAGAUUUGAUAAAGCAGAACACCAUUAUGCACCCCUCAUCAAUUACAUUGUUGCCUUACAUUUAAGGUCAGCAGACUAUGACCACUGCAUAAUUGAUUCAGUAUGGUAGCAUAUAAUCCCAGAAUAUGUUUAAACUGACUUUUGCUUGGCUAUAUACACUUAUUUUCCUAUAUUUUUGGUUAGUGGAAUAUCAUUUCAUCUUGGAAGAAGCACCAUGCCAUAGCUGCCUAGUUAAUAUGUCAAGUAACGGCUGUUUAUCUACAACACGGACGGAGCCUUUUAUUUGGUCAGGUGCCUUAUCUAAACCAAAGACCAUAGCACGGCUCCUUUGUCAAACCCAAAGGUUCUCAUUAUAAUGAUGCAAGUGCCACAAGACCUUUUUAAAUGCAGGACCGACCAACUCUGGGUUUCACUUAAUUUUUCAGUAGCUGUCUGCUUUAGUUUCCUGCGAGCAAACACGCUCUUUCUCGCAACCCUCUUUGUAAGACCCAGGUGCUAAAACUGACAUCUUGCGCUGCAAGUGUGUGUGCGUUUGAGAAACGGAGCACAUGAAACAGAGUGCUCGUCAUGGCUCACAGCUCUUAACAGAUUGUGGUUUACAUCCCUGCAUUGUGCAGGUUGCAGUGAGGGCAAGGCACGAGCACAGCUCGCACAUACGGUUAGCAAGAGCUGCGCUGGUGGAAUGCGCCUUGUCACAUCUGAAGAUUUAUUUUUUUUAAUACAUUUUAUAAAAUAUUUUUUUAGUAAUGACUGGUUGCUAAUUUGUGCUUACAGCUGCCAGUAAUACCAGCAACCCUUUUACUCGAGUUAUUUUCAUUUACUCACUUGUGGGUUUAUUAUAAGUCAACCAAGAUUGUGGCCUGUGUAAAGUCUAGAAUAACUGAAGCGCAACACGAGCAGGAGGUUUUUGUGUAACAACAGUAUGAGAUCUGCCAAAGGAUGUGUGAAAAUUUUUCCCAGAAAGGCGUGCGGAGGGUUGAAUGUAAGUGCAUAAUACGUCAAACUGUCAACUGUGGUGAGUUUUUGUUUUGUUUUGUUUUUUUUGCCGUGUCCUGAUUUCACUCAGAUAAUGCUGUUGAAGUGGAACAUACACCUGUGGGCUCUCUUGUCUGUGUCCCGGAGCUGUAUGCUACCGUGUGCGUGGUACUACGCCUUUACACUGGGAACUUGAUUUGUAGAAAUCUGUUUGUAAUUGUUUUAUAUAUAACAAAAGCAUAUUUGUAUAAAUGAACUAACAGUGAGAUGAUUUUUAAAUUAUGCCAAAUAAAAUGGUGGUUAAAACCAGACACAA